CCCUUAUGCCUGGAAGGAGCCCGAAACUACUUGUUACUUGCAGGUUUUGACUGGCACAGACGGCUUUCAAAGAACGAGGGGAGGACCAGGCUCAAAGCGGGAUAGAAUGAGAAUCAUUCGACGGUUAACUCACAUAGCGGUGAGACCUUGCUUAUGUAGCAGGAAGGAAUAACGUAUGUGCAAAUGUUUCACAAAGUAUAAAACUUUACAUUGUGACUAGAAAAAUGGAAGUGACACCCGGUUUGUUGAGAACUGCAGAUGAGAAAUGUCACGAAUAUUCAGUGCAUAGUGCAGUUGUGAAACAUCAGUUGAAAGAUGUGUUCAUAUAUUGUGAUAGUCUUCUUCAAGAAGCGGACAUAAUUAAUUGAUACAGAAGCAUCAGCAACAAUUUCUGCCGAUUCAAUGGUGAUUGGAGAAGAACUGUAUCGGGCUACCAUGGAAAUGUUAGGAGAAAAAAUACUCAUCAUUGACAAGGACCUUAUUCAUUUUGAUGAAGUAAAUCAAUUCUGUGAAGUCGAAGAAAAUUCGUCCGACACGGAAGAUUAUGAGCCAGCGGAAAAGGCGUCAAAAGGCGAUUAUGUUCUGUUCGAGACCAAAAUAAAAGUUGUUAAACUGGCGAAAGGACACCCCAAAUGGAGUCUCCGAACUCUCCAGAUAAAGGGGGCUAGAAGUUUGACAAGAAAAGACAAAUGGAAGAGAUGGGAAGAAAACAUAAAACCUGGAGGAUCAACGAUCGAUAAAUAUUCGAUAAUUGAUUCGUGGAUCUAUGACUGUUUCGUGGAGUCUUGCCAAAAUUAUCAGCAAGUAACAACCAGAAACUUACAGCAGUGGGCUUUGGCUGCUGAAGGCCAAUUCCAGUCGGAGGACUUCGUCAUCAAAGUGUCACUUUCAUGGAUAAAAAAAUUCAAACUAUGGCACAGAAUUUGGCAGAGUUUGAGGGAAUGUAUGUCUGAAGAAGAUAUGCUGGGCAAUCAUCCCGAAUUUUAAAAAAAAUUGUUAUAAAUACAGACCAAAUAGGUUGCCGGUACCAGUCCAUACAACAGAACUCUCGCCGAAAGAAAAUCGAAGACCGUGUUUGUCAGAAGGCACUAUAUGAGUAAGGUGACGCACUCGGACACGGCACAAUUUGCUAUAACAUUGUGUGGCUAAUUAUUUUCACACGUGUUUGUUUGUUUGCAAGAAGCCAUGGGGAAGUCUGAACCAAAUGUUCAGAACACCAUUGACAAAUUAAUGAAAGAUCUUCCAAAUGUGGUCAUAAAGAGUUUGAAAUCCAGGAAACUUACCAGGCAAUUAUAUUACUCAUUUUUAUCUAGUGUCACGCUUCCCUAUGUGAAGAAAGGAAAAUUCUUAUUAAUAAUAGAUUCUUGGGGGCGUCAAACAAAUCCUGGUUUGUACGAAGAAAUUUUCAUCGAUGACGAAGGACUUGGAACAUGUACGAUUAAAGUUGUACCUCCGAAAUGCACGCCAGUUUGUCAACCUUGCGAUGUUCAAUUCUUAUGGCAAGUCAAAAAUUUCAUUAAGCGUCUUCAAAAUUGUUCUUAUUUAAUUGAAAGAGAACAAGAAAUUGCUUCUCGUGAAGACAGUAUUGAAAUACACUUGAUACUGCAUGAUCAGUUAUCAGUGCCAAUAUUUAAGGAAAUGCUAUGUUAUGCAUGGUUUGCAUCCAAAUUAUUAGCUGAAAGAGAGGUUUUUGAAAACGUUAACAAGGUUUGUUUUUCCAUGGAAAACCUCAAAAGAUCUUGUGUGUGCGGAAACAUAGCAUUUAUUCAAUGCAGCUGGUUGUGCCAUUUAACUUAAUGUUUUCCAUUUUUUUACGAAAAAUACCAUCCUGCAACUUGUAAUGUCGAAAGCGACGAUUAAUUGUACAUCUUUCGAAAGCCGUCUGUGCCGGUCAAAACUUGCAGGUAACAAGUAGUUUCGGGCUCCUUCCAGGUAUAAGGGAUUUCUCAAAUUACGGACAAGUAUACAUUUUCAGUAUCACCUUAUGCGUUUGGUCAUUUACUAGUCGAUAGUUAUGAAUAUUAUAUUAUUUGUCAUGAUUAAAAUUUGUAGACUGCCAAAUAACAUUGUAAAUCUAAUAAAAGUUCAUCCGAUUACAUGUAUUUUUCCCAUUAUAUCAAUUGUAAUAUAAAUAGUAAAGAAUAUGACUGUGUUGGGAAAAAAACAAAAAAAAAAAAACUGAUGAACGGGACUCGAUCCAGCGACUACGGGGCUUGAAUGCUAACCACUUGGCUGCCACCGCUUCGUGGUAAAAAUGACAACGAACAGGUAUUAUUUGACGACUGAAAUUAUCUUGCAAUUUUUUCAAUAAUGCUUGAAAAGUACGUGCUACUGGUUACACAUUUUGUUGUCCUAAUGGAGUACUACGAGUUUAUGAAGUUUGAAGUAAAUCCGCGAUCCAAACAUCGUGGCCUCCCCUUGUGAAAAGAAAGCAUCAUCUACAACAAGGGUCUUCAAACCUAACCUUUUUGCUCAGGAGUCAAUACUGACUUCGUGGGACAGCAUCCUCGGUCUUAUAUGUACUGAUCCUACUAUUAAUUGUAGCUAUAGUGCGGGUGCAAUAAGUUGGCUGCUGACCCCCCAAAUACUGAUCAUUAAGAGUCAGCACCAUUUGUAACACUCUUUGUUUCAGAUUGCCUGUUCAAGAUUGCUGCCACCCUCCGUGAGCCCAAAAUUGUGGCACUGCAAUUGCCUGAUGGAGUCCUGUUGUAUUGUCUGUGUCAGCUGAUGAGUAAUUGAUUACCAACAGCAGUUGUACUUAUGCUGAAAUACUGU